UGUCCGGAGCUGCCGCUGCCGCUGCUGCUGCUGGGCCAGGACACAAGGAACCCCCAGGGGUAGGCUGGAAAUUCUUGUCAGGGAAAAGGAAGCGAGAGCCUGUUGCCUGCGUCGCUUCAAAAUAACACGCCGUCUCUUUAGCUUAAGAAUCUUCCCGAGGAUGGACCUACCAGAGCGUCAGGAGUGAUAACUGUCUGGGAGCUGAAUUGGGAAAAAAAGGACAGCAGAGAGAGAAUGCUUAGGUAAUACGGGACUUAAAGCUUUGCUUUCGUUUUGCAACCUACAAACUGAUGCACGUGGCUUUAUGUACAGUGUAACAUUAAAAGAAGGUUCUGCAGGGAAGGAGUCGAUCGCUUAGUCAUUUUACUUAAAGGGAGCAGGCAGCCUUAUUAUAGGGUUAGACAGCAAAAAAUGAAGUUGGUCAUGGUAUGAUCAUUUCUCAUUAUGGUAUCUAACUGAAGUCCUGUCCUAUGAAGCAACAAAAAAGCAUCCUUCCUUUCUUCUAUCUUAGUUGAAGAAGAAACCCACAGUAUCAAAUUCAGAAAGAAGUUUGGGAUUGUUGUACAUGGCUAUUAAGCAUCAUCCUGCUCCCUGGGCUUGUAAGAAAGGAAAACUGCAUUAAAGUGAUCACUGAUUAAUAUGUGUCUAAGAAAGAAGAAAAAGCAAUACUUAUUUCUGAACAUGGCAAAGCAAUCUGAAGUUACAUAUCUCCCCCUAACAACUGAUUUGGCAUGGAUGACAAGAAACUAUCUUUUGACUUACCUUUUCCAGCAGUCCAAAAUGCUGCAUAUGAAGAUGCUUUAAUUCACAGGCAAAGCACUUGAUUUUUUUUUUUCAUCACAGCAAACUGUUGGCAUUGUCAUAACAGUUUCUGUAUACUGAUUAAUGUUUUUUAAGUAGCAAGUGAUGCAUAAAUGGACGGACAUGUACCUAGAAAACCCUGUGAGAAGUCCUUCUUCAGAUCCUGGACAUUUUUGUUUUUGUGGAUUACAGUACUGCUUGCAAUAAUCCCUGCUGUUAAUUGCUCAUGCAGUUGUUCUGGAAUGCGUCUAUGAAUACUGUAACAGAUAAUUCUGUCUGACAAGGAAAACACUGAUGUUGGAAGAUCUGUGAACAUGAUGCAUGUGAAUAAUUUCCCCUUUAGGAGGCAUUCAUGGAUAUGUUUCGAUGUGGACAAUGGUACGUCAUCGGGACGAAGUCCCUUGGAUCCCAUGACAAGCCCUGGAUCAGGGCUAAUUCUUCAGGCAAAUUUUGUCCACAGUCAACGUAGGGAAUCUUUCCUUUACCGGUCAGACAGUGACUAUGACCUUUCUCCAAAGUCCAUGUCCAGGAACUCCUCUAUUGCCAGUGAUAUACAUGGAGAUGACUUGAUUGUGACACCAUUUGCUCAGGUGCUGGCCAGCCUACGUACUGUGCGGAAUAACUUUGCUGCAUUAACCAACUUACAAGAUCGGGCACCAAGCAAACGUUCACCAAUGUGUAACCAACCAUCUAUUAACAAAGCAACUAUAACAGAGGAGGCCUACCAAAAACUAGCUAGCGAGACCCUGGAGGAGCUGGACUGGUGCCUGGAUCAGCUGGAGACCCUACAGACCAGGCACUCCGUCAGUGAAAUGGCCUCGAACAAGUUCAAAAGAAUGCUCAACCGGGAGCUAACCCACCUAUCUGAAAUGAGCCGGUCAGGCAAUCAGGUCUCAGAAUAUAUAUCAAACACAUUCUUAGACAAACAACAUGAAGUUGAAAUCCCUUCUCCAACACAGAAAGAGAAAGAGAAAAAGAAGAGGCCAAUGUCCCAGAUCAGUGGAGUCAAAAAACUGACGCACAGCUCUAGCCUAACUAAUUCCAGUAUUCCCAGAUUUGGAGUUAAAACAGACCAAGAAGAUGUUCUUGCCAAGGAACUAGAGGAUGUGAACAAAUGGGGCCUUCAGGUUUUCAGAGUAGCAGAGUUAUCUGGAAACAGACCACUGACAGUCAUCAUGCACACCAUUUUUCAGGAACGGGACUUGUUAAAAACAUUUAAGAUUCCAGUAGACACUUUAAUAACUUACUUGAUGACCCUCGAAGACCAUUACCAUGCCGAUGUGGCAUAUCACAAUAACAUACAUGCUGCAGAUGUUGUUCAGUCAACCCAUGUCCUGCUAUCAACCCCAGCAUUAGAGGCAGUGUUCACUGAUUUGGAGAUUCUUGCAGCAAUUUUUGCCAGUGCAAUACAUGAUGUAGAUCAUCCUGGAGUUUCAAACCAGUUUCUUAUCAACACAAAUUCUGAACUCGCCUUGAUGUACAAUGACUCAUCAGUACUGGAGAAUCAUCAUUUAGCUGUGGGCUUCAAGCUGCUACAGGAAGAAAAUUGUGACAUUUUCCAGAAUUUGACCAAAAAACAGAGGCAGUCAUUGAGGAAAAUGGUCAUUGACAUUGUACUUGCAACUGACAUGUCUAAGCAUAUGAAUCUGUUGGCUGAUUUAAAAACUAUGGUUGAAACCAAAAAAGUGACCAGUUCUGGUGUCCUACUUCUUGACAACUAUUCAGACAGGAUUCAGGUUCUUCAGAAUAUGGUGCACUGUGCAGACUUAAGCAAUCCAACCAAGCCGCUCGAUCUCUACCGCCAAUGGACAGACAGAAUAAUGGAGGAAUUCUUCCGUCAGGGAGAUCGGGAAAGAGAGAGGGGAAUGGAGAUAAGUCCCAUGUGUGACAGGCACAAUGCAUCUGUAGAAAAAUCACAGGUGGGUUUUAUAGAAUACAUUGUUCAUCCUCUGUGGGAGACAUGGGCAGAUCUUGUUCACCCAGAUGCCCAGGAUAUCUUAGAUACACUGGAGGACAAUCGAGAGUGGUACCAGAGCACAAUCCCUCAAAGUCCCUCUCCUGCACCUGAUGACCAGGAAGAGGGUAGGCAGGGCCAAACUGAAAAAUUCCAGUUUGAACUAACACUGGAGGAAGAUGGUGAGUCAGACACUGAAAAGGACAGUGGAAGUCAAGUAGAAGAAGACACCAGCUGCAGUGACUCCAAGACUCUUUGCACCCAGGAUUCAGAAUCCACUGAAAUUCCUCUUGAUGAGCAAGUAGGGGAAGAAGUAGAAGAGGAGGAGAACCAGACAGAACCUUGUGUUCUAGAAGACCAUACUCCUGACACAUAACAUUGAAGAUGCAGGCUCUGUCUUUUGUCCCAUCCCUUUCUUUUCCUCUUUCUCUCUAGGUUUUUCCUUUCCUUUCCUUUCCUUUCCUUUCCUUUCCUUUCCUUUCCUUUCCUUUCCUUUCCUUUCCUUUCCUUUCCUUUCCUUUCCUUUCCUUUCCUUUCCUUUCCUUUCCUUUCCUUUCCUUUCCUUUCCUUUCCUUUCCUUUCCUUUCCUUUCCUUUCCUUUCCUUUCCUUUCCUUUUUUCUCCUUCUCUUCUCUUCUCUUCUCUUCUCUUCUCUUCUCUUCUCUUCUCUUCUCUUCUCUUCUCUUCUCUUCUCUUCUCUUCUCUUCUCUUCUCUUCUCUUCUCUUCUCUUCUCUUCUCUUCUCUUCUCUUCUCUUCUCUUCUCUUCUCUUCUCUUCUCUUCUCUUCUCUUCUCUUCUCUUCUCUUCUCUUCUC